AUGUAACCUUAAAAGACUAAUUAAUAGCUCCUAAGUACUUUCUGUGAGUUACUUUAUUUCAUUGCCUAUUUCGGCAAUACCAUUGUACAAUUAAAUAAGGCUACAUUUUUAUUCAAAGAUUGUUUGAAACUAUCAGAAUUGUGUAGAAAUCAUCAACUGAAAAUCAAGAUCUUGAUUUAAUUAUUCUCAAUUGCAAAACAAUUGAAAUAAUAUGAUAAGGCAUAUAAAUUCAUAUUGAAAGCUCUCUCUUAUGCUUGGGCUGAAAAUCUGGAUGAUUAUGAAAUAGAUUGUUACGAUAAAUUGGGAAUUUGUUAUUUCUAUUAGGGAGAUAUUCUCAAAGCCGAUUAUUUCCAUAAUAAGUGGGUGAAAUGUGAAAUCGAGCCAAGAGAUUCUUAUUAUAGAAUUACAUCCAAAGAAUUCAUCUAAUUAUUCGAAAGAUCUUAACCUAUUUGUAGAGAAUUUGAUGAUAAAAUAUCAAGGUAUAUUCAUAUUCCUUUUAUAAAUGUGAAAACAGGGUAACCAUUUGAUUUCAAUUCCACCUUGAAAUAUAAUAACUGUGAGGCAAUCCCAUUAUUAAAUGAAAUCCUUCAUGGAUAUGAAUAUACUGAAUAUUUUUUAGAAUACCAUUAUAUAGAUUAAGCACAAAGACAACAUUUAAAGAAAUCCUCAUUACCUAGAAGAGCUCUUGAAAUUAUGUCCAAGUAUGACAAAAAUAAAGAUAAAUAUGGAUUUGAUCAUAAGAUCCAUGAAAAUCCCAUUUACAAGUUGUCCCUGUAGGAAAAAGUUAAUUAUCGGAAAACUAAAUUCUAUUCACUUGAUUCAGUAGAAUAAAACAUCUAAAAAUAUAUUUCAUAGUAGAGGGAACCUUUUAAAAAGAGUGAAAAGAUUUAUGUUAAGGAAUCCCAAAGAAAGGACUUAUCGCCUGAAAAUGGCAAUUAAUUAUCCUUGCAUUUUAAAAAACUUCUGGUUAGCAUAAUUGAUUAAAAUUGA